GAGAAUGAGACCUGCCUCUCCGUCUGCUCUUUAACAAGCAUACUAGAGCAGCAGACGAGCUGCUACAUUUGGCUUGAGAAAUAUUUGGCAUUAUGAUGUAAAAUGUAUCAGAAUAAGUGGAUUUCUAAAAAUGUGUCCACAAUAUCUGACAUAAAUUUGUUAAAUGACUCUAAACAAGACAUCACAUAUUACUAAAUUACCAAUGUUUAAAAAUGUAGUAGAUCCUGUUAACUAAGUCGUGAGUUUUUUAGGAAUUUUAAUGGUGAAUAAUGUCUAAACUUUUGUCAUGUAAUAACUAGUUGAAGCAUUAAUUAACAAUUUUACAGUGUUUCUUACUGUUGUAAGCACAGUUGACUGAUGUAAACUAAUUGUUAAUGUUACCUUUAUUUAAAAUAUUUUGUUACAUAUACAGAUAUGCCUAACAACGUGACUUAAGUUUGAACAGAAGUAACAUUAUAAAGAAAAAAUAUUUAUUUCAGCUGCUGACAGCAUGUUUUAUACUGUACUUAUUUUAUUAUCUACAUUAUUUCAUGCAUUUAUAAGUUUAAAAAAAAACUUUAGUUUUAAACACUGGCUGUAUUUGGAAUGGCAUACAACUAUACUGCAUACUGCACUAGUAUGUACUGCAUACUACACACUGCCCAGUAUGUAGUAUUCGGUACUCCAACUAUUUUGAUUGUAGUACCCUACACGCUCCCGUGACACACCAGUCAAUGCUCUGUCAGCACCCCCCCUCCGCCCACCACAAUAUCAUCGACAAUCGCGUUGUUUCACUGUAAACAUUGUCAUCUGCCCAUUGAGGAGACAUCGUCCAACCCUAAUUACUGUCAUUGUUUAAGAUGCAUGAAAUAUUUUAUAAUUUAGUGUAAAGGAAAAGGCUUCGGACAUCAUUGGUCACAUGAUCAAUGUAGAACGAAUCAAGCUUCGGCACAGUGAUUCAAACCACUGCAUGUUGUUUUUUCGGCACACGUUUCUUUAUUUCUUUCUUUCUUUAAGUUCUCAGUUUCUAGUGAGACCAGAACAGAAUUAAGAGUGUCUGAACAGUGGGAAGUCCUUAUAAAGGCACUAAACAGGUGGCUGGAAGACCACCAGCGCCCCCCUUUUUAUGGAAAUAUGAAGAUGUCCCAGUAGUUUUAUCUGUAUAGUUUAACUCAGAGACUGUAAAAAAAGAUGGAAGCCGUGUCUCCGUUCCCAUUCAUUCAAUGAAAAUGAAGCCAAAAUCUUCCGCCAUGUUGGCGAUCCUGACACCCGAUUCUGCGCAAUAGUGACCAGAGGAGGGAGAAAGACUGUGGAUAGCAACCUACUCAUUUGAAUAACCCCGCCCCUGAGGGCUGCCUCGCGGUCACAGACUGCAGAGCGGGGCGGAGCGGAGCUGACGGUCUGUUAUUGGUCCCGCCCAUAAGCAGCCCUUUUACAAUAACCACACCUUUUUUGAAUAGAACUGAAUAACGUUUUAAAAAACGAGUUCUGUGGGGAUAUAAAAUUUUGACAAUAUAAGCAGAGGUUACUGUUGCAUUUAAAUAAUGGAGGUAGAAUAGGCUCUAAGCAUCAGCAGCAGUGACAUAUUUCCGCUUUGGUUUAUACCGGCACUCUUACUUCCUGUUUGCAUUUUUAGCAGCGAGUACUACAGGAUAUGUGGAGUUUAUAGCGAACGCAAAUGCAAUAUUAUAUCGGAAGGUAGCCUGUGCUCCUACAUGGGGAUCUGCCCUAUUUUAUCCCUAUUCUGAAAGCAGCGUGAGAUGCAUGCUUUAUGAUGAAUUUCACCAGAUCAGCGCUCCAGCGCUCAGAUAAAUACAUGGUGGACGGAGCCGGCACUGCCAGGGAGUGUCUCUACAAAUGGAUGAACAUGGGCCAGGAAAGAUGAACUCCGGUCAGACCGGCUGGAGGCAGCGUUAGCUCCUUUUAUGUAGAGUUUUUUUCUGUGAAUUUAAUAAAGUUUUUUUGCUUGUUGUGUUUUUAGUGUCAUUAUGCUUAUUUUAGUAUCACAUCUCAACUAGUGGGUAUGGGUAAAUGUCACAAUUAUUUGCAAAUAAAGAAGUUUAUGAAACAUGUUAUGUUUCUUAUUUAUGCAACUAAAAGGUAAAACUGUGUGACACGUAGCUUAGUUUGUUAAUUUAGCUUUGAUGGCUUACAUAAAAUAUUUGUUAUAUUAUGGUUUCAUUACUCAUGCAUUUCUGUAAAGCAGGUAAUCAAAAAUAAAUUAAAUAUAUAAAUAAAACUGACCAUACUCGGAGUUUGAAGUGAGGGAAAGUGUAUAAUUAAAGUAAAUCAGGAAUAUUAAAGUUAAUCUGUAAUAUUUGGGUGAGUAAAAAGAAAUAUCUGCCGUUGCUUUAAGAUUUAUCCUGAGGUAAGUGGUUAAUAACUUUAGUUAUUAGUAAACAGAACUCACGAGCACAGCGCGCUAGACAUGAUGCGGUAUGCUGACUCCAGAGCGUGUCCCGAACGCGCUGCCUCAUAAUAUUCUUUAUGGGUGAAAAUGCUGCCGAACAAGGGAGUCAUUGCCUUUGAAGGCAAUGACUACCUAGGCAGCUGUCUUCGGAUUGGACCGCAUCUUAUAUCUUAACAAAAUGCAAUGAUGCAAACACUGUAUGUAAAAUGCCAUUGUUUACAAUGCACUUAUAGCUAACCGGAAAUGAAAAUGCCGGUAUAGAUGAAGGCGGAAGUCUUACGUGCAUAGAGCCUAUUACAGUAUACUAGAAAAAAAAAACGUGAUUGAGAGUUGUCUGUUUUGCCAUUGAAACCCAUGGGGAUGGGUGGAGUUACACAGCUUUCUGCAGCCGAACAGCAGGGGGCGCCCGGCCUGUGGUGGCUUCACUUUUGAGAAAUGAUGCUCUGUCCAGCUAUAUACAGUCUAUGGUUUAACUGAUUUAGGCAGUUCUGUUCCGUUAAAUGACUUGCUUUUAUUUUAAUAUUCACUGGCAUUUUUGUCUUUUCCAGAAAUGAAAAUAUUCUCCUGAAAUUCACCACCAACAACCAGGAUAUUUAUCAAAAGAUCAAAGUUAAACUGCUGAAAGAGGGGAAGCACAAGCAAUCCUGAAGAAUCUGGAGAACACACAAAAAUAGUUUGCUACAUUUAACAGACAAAUAAAGCCAAGUCCCGACAUGGAGAAACAUCAGCACUCUGUCAAGAGUUUUACUAAACAGAGUGAUCUCAAAAAACAUCAGCGCAUUCACACAGGAGAGAUACCGUAUUACUGCUCAGACUGUGGGAAGAGUUUUACUGAACAGAGUACUCUAAAAAUCCACCAGCGCAUUCACACAGGAGAGAAACUGUAUCACUGCUCAGACUGUGGGAAGAAUUUUAAUCAACAAAGUACUCUCAAAACACAUCAGCGCAUUCACACAGGAGAGAAACCGUACCACUGCUCAGACUGUGGGAAGAGUUUUAAUCAACAGGGUCAUCUCAAACUGCACCAGCGCAUUCACACAGGAGAGAAACCGUAUCACUGCUCAGACUGUGGGAAGAUUUUUACUACUCAAAGUGAACUUAAACAACACCAGCGCAUUCACACAGGAGAGAAACCAUAUUACUGCUCAGACUGUGGGAAGAGUUUUAAUCAACAGAGUACUCUCAAAACACACCAGCGCAUUCACACAGGAGAGAAACCGUAUCGUUGCUCAGACUGUGGGAGGAGUUUUACUACCCAAAGUUAUCUCAAAAAACACCAACGCAUUCACACAGGAGAGAAACCGUAUCACUGCUCAGACUGCGGGAAGAGCUUUAAUCGACUGGGGACUCUCAAACUGCAUCAGCGCAUUCACACAGGAGAGAAACCGUAUCACUGCUCAGACUGUGGGAAGAGUUUUAAUCAACAGAGUCAUCUCAAACGACACCAGCGCAUUCACACAGGAGUAAAACCAUAUUACUGCUCAGACUGUGGGAAGAGUUUUACUACCCAGAGUGAUCUUAAAAAACACCAGCGCAUUCACACAGGAGAGAAACCUUAUUACUGCUCAGACUGUGGGAAGAGUUUUGCUACACAGAGUCAACUUAAAAAUCAUCAGCGCAUUCACACAGGAGAGAAAACUGUCCCAAAUUUGUUCCACGGCAAUAAAAAGCGCAAAUCGUAAAUCUUUCAGACAGAACACCUUAUCCUACACAAAUGUUUCACUUUGUCACUUGGGACACGUUCCACCAGAAACAAACAUGAACUGAAUUUAACAACGGAUUUUACAGAUUCAGUAAAAUGAAUCUGAUCCAGAUGAUGUUUAUUGAAAUUAAUGUUAUGUUUUCUCGUACGUUUGAUAUUCCAGGACAUUCUCUCGUUGAUGUACUUUUACUCUUUUCUAAUAUAUAUUUAUAUAUAUAUGUAAUGCUGAAACUAUUUUUCCAGUAAACUUUCAUACAUUUUAUAUUCUAA